UGGCCACCAGCCUAAUGAAGUCAUUGUGAUAUAUAUAGCUUGUGACUUUGGUAGUUUCCAGGAACCCAACCCCCCCGAAACAAAUCCUUCAAAACCCCAAUUUGCCUCUAAAACAUACUUCCAGAAACACCCCCUCACCCUCCCAUCAUCCCGAAUAUCGUGAUUAUGAGUCAUGCCAAACAUUUCUCCGCCACAGCCCCACGUGCUAACGUCACGUGCCGUACCUUGGAAUCUAUCCUGAUGAUCUCUUCCUUUUCUCCAAAUCCACGGCCAGGAUCUCUUUCAAAGUCAUGCUUUGACCACGUUGAAGCCACCAUAUAUAGGAUAACCCUAUGCUCUUUUCUUUCCUUCUUACCAAAAGCUGUUCUCUCAUUUCUCCUCCACAUAUUUAAUUUUUUGGCCAUGAGUGAAACCAUGUCUGGCCCCAGUGACUGGCUCCAAUUCUAUCAUCAAAACCUUCCUAAUCAAGUGACAUCUCCGGGCCACCCCGUGUCUGGUGCUCUGCUCGAUAAUCGAGUUUCUGAUGCCACUGUUGUCUCCACCACCGUCACUUCUCCUACAACGCUGAGUUCACUCGGCUCCGGGAGUUCUAUCCCAGAUACCGGUGGCCACUUGAGCCCCGAGGGCCGUGUCUCGAAGCCCAUACGCAGGCGGUCUAGGGCUUCUCGACGAACCCCUACUACGUUACUCAACACAGACACUACGAAUUUUCGAGCCAUGGUGCAACAAUUCACCGGCGGUCCUACUGCGCCCUUUGCCUCGGGAGCCCACGCGGGUGCACCGAACUUUGGUUUUGGGUUAGGAACGCAUCAAGCCGGCCAUGUCAAUAAUCCUACUGCAAUGAUGAUGCCUCCAGGUCGUGGAUAUCAUCUACAGCCUCAACCACAGCUCUACCAUCCGCAAAGCCAGCAAUACUUGUUUUCAUUAGGCAGCAAUAACGCACAAGCCGGUGAUCCUUUUCUUCAAAGGCUGGGCAGCUCAAGACCCAGAAGCAUCGGGGUCUCCGAUGGCUUUGUGAUGGAGGGUGUUUCAUCUUCCUCCCAGGUUCCUUCUGCUAGGCCCCCGGGUUCCUCCGAUGAGAAUAGGACCAACAGUUACAUGUUUUGAUAAAGAACACGGAAAGAAGAAAGUUAGGUACUGACUUGUUUAGGGAGAAAUUGUUGACCUUUGUAAAUAGAUAUCCUUUUUCACUUGAUAGCAA